ACUAGUUGAAAACAACAAUACGACUUGGCUACCCACUUAAUAAAUUGAUAACAAAUUUUGGGUGAUUCAAUUUGCUGAGCUGCGGUCGAAAAUGGCUGGGGUAUCCAUACAAGACAUCGAGAGCGUCGAAGAAUGCUGGGGGCCAACUUUUCGUUCCAUAUUAGAAGGCAAUGCGUACGACUCGCUUUCAGAACAACUAGAUGGUCGCAUUCGCAGUCUCGAUAAAGACAUAGAGAAAAUAUGCAAUUUAUACUAUCAAGGAUUCAUAGAAUCCAUUCGCGAACUUUUGCAUGUGCGUUCUCAGGUUAAGAACUUGAACCAAGAAAUACUUUCACUUGAUAGCGCCCUGCAAACCGCCGCAACGCAAAUAUUAUCACGGGGCAAAGAAUUGGUGAGAGCCAGACAGAUUGAAAACAACAUUGCAACUGCCAUUAAUGGUCUAUCAAAUUGCUUGCCAGUACUGGAAUGCUAUUCUAAACUUCUUGCUCAAGUGAAGGAGAAGCGAUACUACUCGGCAUUGAAAACUCUUGGACAACUUGAGAAUGACCAUCUCUCUAAGGUGUCUAGUUACAGAUUCGCUUCUCAGAUGAGAGUUGAAGUCCCGAAAUUGAAAUCUAUCAUUAAAAAAUCAUCAGAAGAUGAUUUUCGUGAAUUUCUAGAAAAUAUUCGAAAAUUUUCACCGAAAAUUGGUGAAGUUGCCAUGCGACACACGAGAGAGUUACGAAAAAGAAAUCUGAACAAUGUGAUCGGUGAGUAUCACACUGAGAAAGAAAAUAAAGACUACGAGGCCGAAGAUGAAGAGCUUAGUGUACAGGAUCUGAUCGACUUUUCGCCGAUUUAUCGUUCGCUUCAUAUUUACACUGUUUUGAAUGAUAAAGAGUAUUUUGAAAAGGACUAUCGGAAGCAGCGACGUGAUCAGGCUAAGCUAGUUUUACAGGCACCACAAGCAAUGCAUGACAAUUUAGAGGCAUACAAACACUACAUUUACUCAAUCGUUGGAUUUUUCAUUGUUGAGGACCAUAUAAUGAACACAGCCAAAGACGUUGUGACACGAUCUUAUUUAGACGAUUUAUGGUCAGUGUCCUUGUCCAGAGCGGUAAAUGUUAUAAGUAUGAAUUCAUCAUCCUGUACAGAUCCGAAUAUCCUGUUAAGAAUCAAAAGUGUCAUCAUAUUAUCUAUUUUCACUUUGAAGUCUUAUGGGUACAACGUCAAUCAACUUUGGGAAAUAUUACUUGAAAUGCGAGAUCACUAUAAUGAAGUACUUUUACAACGUUGGGUUAAUGUGUUUCGUGAGAUCUUAGACAACAGUCAAUUCGUGCAAUUGGAAGUCCAAACACAAGAAGAGUAUGAGAGUAUUAUCGAGAAAUUUCCAUUCCAUUCGGAACAAAUGGAAACAUCACAGUAUCCGAAGAAAUUUCCAUUUUCAUCAAUGGUACCAGAGGUUUAUCAUCAAGCAAAAGAGUUUAUGUACGCGUGCAUGAAGUUCUCAGAAGAGUUAUCAUUAUCUUCAAAUGAAGUGGCGGCAAUGGUGAGGCGGGCAGCCAAUCUACUUUUGACGAAAAGUUUCAGUGGGUGCUUGUCGGCUGUUUUCCGCAAUCCGAAUUUGGCACUGAUGCAGGUUAUUCAAAUUAUCAUCGACACACAGUACCUUGAAAAGGCUGGACCAUUUUUGGAUGAUUUCGUCUGUAAAAUGACAAAAACUCAACCGGGCAUGCGGCAGGUUCCUUCAACGAUGUUUCAAAGUGCUCGCGCUGAAGCGGAGAUGCAAGUCUCGAACAAACUUUGUUUGAAGCUUGACGACUUUUUCGAGGAACUCGAAGGAUACAACUGGCUUUUACCCGAACCAAUUGGUCAUGCAUCGCCUUUCAUCACCGACAUGAUUGCAUUCCUGAAAAGUACCUUCCAAAGUUUUUCAUAUCUCCUCCCCACAGUUGCACAAAGCGCAUUUAAGAAAGCUUGUGAACACAUUGCAAAUCACAUUUACAAACUCUUGGUAAGUGAGGAUAUCAAACAGAUUUCUACGGGAGCGCUACAACAAAUCAGCCUUGACCUAAUGCAAUGUGAAUUUUUCGCAUCUUCUGAGCCUGUCCCUGGCUUGAUAGAAGGUGAUGUGUCGAAGUUUUUCGCUGAAGUGCGACAAUUGUUGGAUUUGUUGAUUCUCGAAGAGUGGAGCACGUAUUUGCAUGAUUACGGGAAACCAGAAAAUCGUUAUAAUCUCGUAAAGCCUUUGGAUAUAAUUGUUGUGUUGGAGAAGGUGCGUGAAGCGGAUAGGAAAAAUAUGUUCUCCGUUCUGAAAAAGUCUGAGCGAGAUAAGAAAAAACUCUGGGACACUGUACUGAAGCAGCUCAAACAACUCGCUGAGCGACAGACUUAAGUGUUUUUGCCUCUGAACGAUGUUUUAGUGAUAGUCAAUAUUAUGUAGAUCUAAGAUCGGCUGCCGGAGAAUUAUUUAUAAUCCAACAGGCGGCACAUUAUUUAAUCGAGAAUAAAGUUAUAUUUAUUAUCUAACAAUGAA